AUGAAGGGACUACUCGAACGAAGUAAGCAGCAGGCCCUGUUCGCGGUGAUGCUGCUUCCAAUCCUUCUCGUCGGUCCCGCGAUCGGCGAGAUCGAGAGACGCACCUCGAAGCAGAUGGUCGAGGAGUCGCCCGAGAGCUUGGCCUCGAGCUUGAGCAAGGAUUGCGGCAAGUCGUACAGCGCCACCUGCCUGAAAUUGGACGUGGUUUCGUUCCUCGACAGGCUGUCCGAGCAGGAGGACAUCAGCAUCCUGCCGGGUGUUUCGGUGAUCAAGGAGAACGGUUCGGCCAACGUGCCGGCCUCCGAGGUGGUCGCCAACCUUGCCAGAGAUUUCCCCAACGACGUGGAGAAGAGGCUGGACGCGUACCUCGUUCACAAGGUGGGAAGUUACCUCAACAGCCACUCCAUCUCCAUCAAACUGUUCGAUCCGAGGACGUUCGAGGCAGCGAGAAAUUUUAACGAGGAGACCCUGGCACAACUCGGGCUUGGCGGUGGUGGGCAAAGCGUCGGAACUGGGCGCAAGAAGGAGAAGGGCGGCAUGGGAGGCAUGAUGGCCGGGCUGAUGAUGAUGAAGGGCACGUUGGGCGCUAUAGGCUUCGGCGCCCUGGCAUUGCUCGCCGGUAAAGCACUGAUGACAGGCCUGAUGGCCCUCAUGUUAUCGGCCAUCGUCGGCCUGAAAUCUCUGGCCAGCGGCGGCGAGAAGAAGACCACGUACGAGAUCGUGAGCAAACCGGUGUACUCGAGUUCUCACACCCACAGCUCGGAGGAGCACCAUGGCCACGGGUACGGGCAUUCCGGGUACGGAAGAUCCUUGGACGCGAUCCACGACGAGGUGGAGCAGGCCGUUCUCAAGUACGGCAACGUGCGGGAUCGUCGAUCGCUGCUUCGACAAAAUUAACAUUAACUCGUGAUCGGAGGAG